AUGGCCGACUACGAGGACGACUACGACUACGAGAACUACGGAGACGAGGAUGAAGGCAUCACUCCCGAGGAUUGCUGGACCGUCAUCUCCUCCUUCUUCGAAACCAAGGGUCUUGUAUCGCAGCAGACAGACUCCUUUGACGAAUUCACGCAGACGACCAUCCAGGAUCUCGUAAACGAAUACUCCACCAUCACACUCGACCAGCCAAACCCUCCCUCGCCACCCGGCCGAACAAUAGCCCUUCGUCGAUAUGAGAUCAAGUUUGGAAGCGUCAUGGUGUCACGUCCCACCAUCAGUGAGACGGACGGAACCGUGACUUCUCUGCUCCCUUACGAGUGCCGAGACCGCAACUUGACGUACGCCAGUCCCCUCUACAUCAAGAUUACUAAAAAGGUGUCGGCUGCUGUUGAGAGGGAGGUUCCCCUGCACGAAAUGGACGAUGCCCAGCAGGAAGAAUACGCAAGAACCGGCGAACACCCUACAAAGCUUGAGUGGGAAGAGGAGGAGAACGGCGAGGAUGACAACAUCGGCAAGUCUGAUGACUGGAAGGACAUGGUCUUCGUUGGCAAGCUGCCCAUCAUGGUCAAAUCCAAGAUUUGUCAUCUGAGCCGUGAACAGGAUGAUAGCCUGUUCCUUGUCAACGAAUGUCCCUACGAUCAGGGUGGCUACUUUGUUAUCAACGGCAGUGAAAAGGUUCUCAUCGCCCAAGAGAGAUCUGCCGCCAACAUUGUCCAAGUCUUCAAGAAGGCCCAGCCCAGUGCCUAUACCUAUACGGCUGAAAUCCGAAGUGCGUUGGAAAAGGGAUCACGGCUCAUCUCCAGCAUGAUGCUCAAGCUGUAUGGCAAGGGAGACUCUGCUCGUGAUCUUCCCGUCGCCAUUGUCUUCCGUGCCCUGGGUGUCGUUUCUGAUGAAGAUAUCCUCAACCACAUUUGCUACGACCGCAACGACAGCCAGAUGCUGGAGAUGCUUCGACCUUGUAUUGAGGAGGCCUUCUGUGUCCAGGACCGAGAGGUUGCUCUCGAUUUCAUCGGAAAGCGUGGAAACCGAGACCAAGCUGGUCUCGGACGUGAGAAGCGUGUCCGCGUGGCCAAGGAUAUCCUUCAGAAGGAGACUCUUCCCCACAUUUCGCAGACAGAGGGAAGUGAGACCAGAAAGGCAUUCUUCCUGGGAUACAUGGUGCACAAGCUGUUGCAGUGUGCGCUCGGAAGAAGAGAGCCCGACGAUCGUGACCACUUUGGAAAGAAGCGUCUGGAUCUGGCGGGUCCCCUGCUGGCCAAGCUGUUCCGUGGUAUCAUGCGAAGGAUGAACACUGAGUUGGCCAACUACCUGAGACGAUGCGUUGAGGGCAACCGACACUUCAACCUUGCUGUUGGUAUCAAGCCCGGCACGCUUUCAAACGGAUUGAAGUAUUCGCUUGCCACUGGCAACUGGGGUGAUCAGAAGAAGGCCAUGAGCUCAACUGCAGGUGUGUCCCAGGUGCUUAACCGAUACACGUUUGCUUCGACCCUGUCACAUUUGCGUCGUACCAACACUCCCAUCGGAAGAGAUGGUAAGCUGGCAAAGCCUCGACAGCUUCACAACACGCAUUGGGGUUUGGUCUGCCCAGCCGAGACACCCGAAGGACAGGCCUGUGGUCUGGUCAAGAACCUGUCUUUGAUGUGUUACGUCAGUGUCGGUUCUCCCUCCGAGCCUCUGAUUGAGUUCAUGAUCAACAGAGGUAUGGAAGUCGUCGAAGAGUAUGAGCCUCUGCGGUAUCCUCAUGCUACAAAGAUUUUUGUGAACGGUGUCUGGGUUGGAGUUCACCAAGACCCUAAGCACUUGGUGAACCAGGAAUUCAAAAUCUUUUCCGACGCAGGCCGUGUCAUGCGACCAGUCUUUACCGUUCAGCAGGAAGAUGACCCAGAAACGGGCAUCAACAAGGGUCACCUGGUAUUGACCAAGGAGCUCGUCAAUAGAUUGGCCAAGGAGCAGGCUGAGCCUCCGGAAGAUCCCAGCAUGAAGAUCGGAUGGGAGGGAUUAAUCAGGGCUGGUGCGGUUGAAUAUCUCGACGCCGAGGAAGAGGAGACGUCCAUGAUCUGCAUGACGCCAGAGGAUCUCGAGUUGUAUCGUCUUCAGAAGGCCGGUAUUAACACUGAGGAAGACAUGGGAGAUGACCCGAACAAGCGACUAAAGACCAAGACCAACCCGACAACUCACAUGUACACCCAUUGCGAGAUUCACCCAAGUAUGAUCUUAGGCAUCUGUGCUAGUAUCAUUCCUUUCCCCGAUCACAACCAGUCCCCCCGUAACACUUACCAAUCUGCCAUGGGUAAGCAAGCUAUGGGUUUCUUCCUCACGAACUAUUCCCGGCGCAUGGACACCAUGGCCAACAUCCUUUACUACCCCCAGAAGCCGCUGGGUACUACUCGAUCCAUGGAGUUUUUGAAAUUCCGAGAGUUGCCGGCUGGACAGAACGCCAUUGUAGCCAUUGCCUGUUACUCUGGUUACAACCAGGAAGAUUCCGUCAUUAUGAACCAGAGUAGUAUUGACAGAGGACUUUUCCGAAGUCUCUUCUUCCGAUCAUACUCGGAUCAGGAGAAGAAGGUUGGAUUGAACUACACCGAAGUGUUUGAGAAGCCCUUCCACCAAAACACUCUUCGCAUGAAGCACGGUACAUACGACAAGCUGGAUGAAGACGGUAUCGUUGCUCCCGGUGUCCGAGUGUCUGGUGAAGACAUCAUUAUUGGCAAGACGGCGCCGAUUGACGCUGAGACACAAGAUCUCGGUACUAGGACGACUAUGCACCAGAGGCGAGAUAUCUCAACUCCACUGCGUAGCACCGAGAACGGUAUCGUUGACUCCGUCAUUGUGACAGUAAACGCGGACAAUGUCAAGUAUGUCAAGGUCCGUGUCCGAACGACCAAGAUUCCCCAGAUUGGAGACAAGUUCGCCUCUCGUCACGGUCAAAAGGGCACUAUUGGUGUUACUUACCGACAAGAGGACAUGCCCUUCACAAGAGAAGGUGUCACUCCAGACAUCAUCAUCAACCCCCACGCCAUUCCGUCCCGUAUGACAAUCGCUCACUUGAUUGAGUGUCUCCUAAGUAAGGUCUCUACGCUGGAAGGUAUGGAGGGUGAUGCCACCCCCUUUACGGACGUCACGGUCGACUCGGUCUCAGAGCUGUUGCGAAAGCACGGCUACCAGUCACGAGGCUUUGAGAUUAUGUACAAUGGCCAUACAGGUCGCAAGCUGAGAGCCCAGGUGUUCUUCGGACCGACAUACUACCAGCGACUCCGUCACAUGGUGGAUGACAAGAUCCACGCUCGUGCCCGUGGUCCCGUGCAGAUCAUGACAAGACAGCCUGUGGAGGGUCGUGCCAGAGACGGUGGUCUCCGAUUCGGAGAAAUGGAACGUGAUUGUAUGAUUGCUCACGGUGCCGCGUCGUUCCUCAAGGAGCGAUUGUUCGAGGUGUCAGACGCCUUCCGAGUUCACAUUUGCGAGAUUUGUGGACUCAUGACGCCUAUUGCCAACCUUUCUAAGCAAUCGUUCGAGUGUCGACCUUGUAAGAACAAGACCAAGAUUGCGCAGAUUCACAUCCCUUAUGCUGCCAAGCUCCUGUUCCAGGAACUCCAGUCGAUGAACAUUGCGGCUCGCAUGUUCACAAACCGGUCUGGCGCGUCCAUCAGGUAA